GCCCGUCCGUCGUCCGUCUGCGAUCGUCGUCGUCGUCUUCGUCGUCGUUGUCGUCGCGGUUCGCCUCCGUCACCGUCGUCACCGUCGUCACCGCUGUCACCGCCCCCGGCGCUUCGAGUACUUACGAGUUUCAGCCGCAGCAGCAUUUCUCCGCGUACGACUGAAAACCGUCACCACCAGCCCUGCAGUAAUUCGGUGUCGCUGUGUACACCGGUGCGUGCAAUAAUUUCCAUUUGUGUUGUGAGGUCAUAGCUCACGAAUCUGGACGCUGAACGCCUGAACAAUACACUUAUACACCUGCGUCUUGGCUAAGUGUUCCUACGGUCACAGUCGUAAAAUUGUGAUGAUCGCUACUCCGUCGUCAUACAGGCUUUAAACGAUUUGUCAUUCGAGUUGGUUUAUGUCGGACGGUGAGAAAAGAUAAAAGGAUCCAAAAAAAGCAACCAUGUUGAAACACGUGCACCGAGCAAAAUGUGCCGACACACUUAGCAUUGUGUCUACAGCAAGUUCUUUCAACCACGAGCCAAUGUCUAGUAGAUGUUCAAGUAUAACUUCGUUGAACAUUUCAAAUCCAGUUGAUACAAUCAAAGUGUACACUAAGUGUUUGCGUGCAGACCUCGAGUACAAGACACUCGGGCUGGCUUAUACGACGACUUGCAGUGAAGUGAUAUCCAUUCUGCUCAACAAAUACCGAAUGCGUCACAGGGACCCGAAUUUGUUUUACAUGACUAUGGAAAUAAAUCUCAGGAAAAUAGGACUCAGAACUGUAUUCGUCUUGGACGACGAAUCGUGUCCUGCCGUGUUGCAGUCAUGCCACCCCAGAGGAGAAUCGAGGUUUUGCUUGCAAUCCAAAAAAGGUGGCCUUGUGAAAGUUUAUGACGCCGAACUGAUGCCAGGGUCCAAGUAUAAGAGCUUAUUGAUCUCUGAACGCACGACUGUCGACGAGCUGAUCAGAAUAUUGCUCAACUGUUAUAACAGCAAAGAGCAAGUUGAACAAUUUUCUUUGUACGAGUUAUCGAAAUCCGAAGAAUACCAACGCAAACUUCACCACGAUGACGUGCCUUUGAACGUGCAAUGCUGUUGGCCGCCAAAUAGCGACUACAUUUUCAUCAUCAAAAGGAAUCCGAAUUAUAAGUCUAAACAGGUGCAGACAGUUUGGACUGACCACCACCAUCAGGAAAAAGAACCUUCAACGAACGAAUACGAAAAUUUUAUUUAUAUAUAAUAAUAUUGUCGAUGUAUCAAACACAUCAUGUAUAUAUUACAAACUGUAAUUAUUGUUACCGUGUCCUUAUUUGAUGUUAUAUAAAACAGAAGAACUACUUCGUGGCUGUUUUUAUACCACCAAUCAUGUAACGGUUUGCAAUUUUUUUCUCGUGCUUUUACAACUUGUAAGUUUUUAAGCAUAGCGAUGUGUGUACAAAAUAUCUAUUACUUUUUUACUUAUUAAAUAAAUGUCUAUUUGGUAGGUUUUAAAAAUAAGUGUCUAUGUGGUAGUGUAAUAUAAUGUCUGAACUAAGGAGCUAUGACACAUUAGUAGUGUGUAGAAGUAAUUUUUAUAAAUG